UUCUCAUAAUCUUAAUACUCCUAGAAGAUAAAUUAUAAAAAGGAAAUACCACGUAUCUGACCCUUCAUUCCAAUCUCAGUUCAGCUGUGCUCAUGUCACUCUUCACUCUACCCUUUUAAUUUCUAGUUUCUCUUCAACUCUUUCUACCAUUUUUCCUGUUUCUUCUCUACCCAACCAAAUCUUACUGGAAUUAGCAUCUACCCAUCUUAGAAAAAUGCCCAAUUAAGUAAUUAACCCAUUUCAUCAGUCUUCUAUCUGAUUCGAAUUUCGAGGUACUACUAUUCUAUUCUUGUAAUUCUUUUAUUUCUUUCUUCAUUUAUGGUCAACAAUUUACUCACAUUUCACAUUCAUCUCAUAUAUUUUUGUAGUUCCUACUUUUCACAUUAGAAACUUCUAGAUUCAGUUCAUUCUUUCAGUUUUUACUGUUCACCGCCGCAAUUCUUUUCAUAUUAAUUAUUAACCAACUUGCUACUAUUUUAUACUUAUCAACAAAUCUAGCUAAUUAUUAAAGUUUCCAUUUUUGAAUACUUCAAAGCUACCCAUUUGGUUUUGUUUAUGGUAAGGUUGGAGAAUCUCCGAAAUUUAAUACUACAAUAGAGGGAAAACCUUCGAGACCAAUUCGAUCCUCCAUUUGGGUUUUAAUUUUCAGGGAAAUUAACGAUCUCUAUAAAAGCAAUUCAAAUAGGAUUUGAUUCUUUAGUCGGUUGAGUAAAAAUGGAAGUUGCGGCAGAAACAAAAACCACUACAGGUUAUGGAAAACCUCCUUGGAGGUUCACAGGCAGGGCAGUGUAUCAAUUACAUCUAGUUAAAUCUGAAGUGGCUCGAGCACUUAUUCCUAAAGACUUCAGAUUAGUUGAAGCUUUUGGAUAUACACUUGGUGGGUUCUUUUUAGCUAACUAUGAUCAUAGCCCUGCUGGAGUCUUUGACGAGUUAGUGGUGAUUGCGGGUAUUGUUUGGAAUCCACCGACAUCUUGCGCAUGGGCGUCUAAGGUUCUUGUGAACAGCAACGAGGCAUGUUUCCAUGGACGAAGGGAAGUCGGGCUUCCAAGCCAUGUCGCACGGUUCACCAAGAGACUCGCAGCAGAUACAGGACGCAGGGAAAGCAGAGUUAAUCGCUUCCUGAACAUGAUUGGUUUCGGUCCAGCCACAGCUGGUUUGAGAUUUCGUAUGGAUACCCAAGUGACUAAAAUAACUGUGCCCACACCUGUAACUGAGGAAUUCAGUAUCAAUCUUUUGAGUCCUGCCCCCGAAGAGAAUUCCAAAAUGUGGUUAGGUCCACGUAUCAAAUUGUCACUUCCAAGCUUUAGUGGACGGACAGAGUAUAAUCCCAAUCUUUUAAAAUACUCUUGCCAAAUGGAGUGCAGGGUACGAGUCAUUCGACCACUAAAGAUAUUUAGGUCGUCUCCUACAACAGAUAUCGGUGCUGAAGAACAGGCUGUUGAAAACCAGAAUUCAAGUUCUACAAAUCAAGCUAUGGAAAAGACUAAAGAUUACAGAAGACGGUUGAGUCUCUCCGUGAUGCUAUCAAAUCCUAUAUUGGCUUUGGAAUUCAAUUGCAUGAACAUGAAUGUUGAAAAUCCUCUUAUUAUUUCCCAAUGAAAUAAUUAUUGAACUUUAUUUUGAUAUGUGACACCUUAGAUCUCGAUUUGUUCUUGAAAAAACGGUUACUAGCACAAUUUUGAUCGGAAUGACAGAUAAAACAAUGAUCUAACUUUUCUUACAGGGUACAUAAUUCACAAGUAGCCUUAAAUUGAAAUGUCCUACUUACAGUUAUAUUUGUCGUCUCCGUCGGAUUGAUGACUGAUUGAAGUAGUAGAUCAAAAUACUUCAGGCAGAGACUUGGCCUCCAAAAAGGAUUUAAACAGCACAAGGGAUCUCUCAGGCUGUGAAAAUGGAGCUUCAUGAGAUGCACCCCUUGUUGUGGCAAAUGAUAGGAUAUCUCCGUGCACCUCCGUCCAACCGCCAACCUGCACAUGACGACAGUAUAGCCAAAUUUUACUUUUUUUAGUCGAGAGUAGAAGUGUUCAACGGGUUGGGGUGGGGCGUGUUGAAAUACUGUGACUUGAACACUACUUCGCGGGGCGCGUAAUUCUCCGCGGGGCGCGGAGUUGCUUCUGAUCUCACUCUGCGGCUCGCGUAAUGACGGUUUCUUGGCACGUUUUUGGCCGGUUACUCUUAGUUUUUGACGGUUUUU